GGUAGAAGCUUAAAUAAAAACUUUCAGUUGCAGUCAUGCUGCUGUUCGCUAUAGUCGCGUUGCUCUUGACAGCCGCCUGGUUCAUCCAUUAUGGUCAGAGGUCGCGUCGCCAGGCGGUCGCCAAUCUGCCGGGUCCCUACUGCCCCCCACUUGUGGGUGCCCUGCACAUAAUGUUUCAAAUGAAUCCACAGAAUUUCUUUGAAGUAGGUCGUGAGCAAGUCAAAAAAAUGGGUGCCCUUCAACGUGUUUGGGUAUUUAAUCGUUUGCUUGUAAUUAGUGCUGACAAUGAGAUGAAUGAGCAGAUACUAAGCAGCCAAGAACACUUGGUCAAGCACCCUGUAUAUAGGGUAUUGGGUCAAUGGCUGGGCAAUGGUUUGCUACUGAGCGAUGGCAAAGUUUGGCAUCAACGUCGCAAGAUCAUAACGCCGACAUUCCACUUUGCCAUAUUAGAGCAAUUUGUAGAGGUUUUCGAUAGCCAAUCGAAUACGUGUAUAAAUCGCCUAAGUCAACGGGCCAAUGGAGAAGUGUUCGAUGUCUAUUCGUAUAUAUGUCUGGCCGCCUUGGAUAUUAUUGCCGAAACGGCAAUGGGCACUAAAGUGGAUGCCCAGAAGAAUGAAGGCACACCCUACGCCAAUGCAGUCAAUGAAUGCACUGCUUUGAUGAGUUGGCGUUUCUUAUCGGUUUAUCUGCAAAAUGAGCUACUUUUUACACUAACCCAUCCGCAUUUAAAGUGGCGGCAAAUGCGAAUGAUUCGCACCAUGCAUGAAUAUACCAUCAAUGUGAUAAAACAGCGUCGAACAACAUUGGAGGAGCACCUGAAGAACAAACGACCUGAGCAGGCUAAUGAGGAUGAUGUCGGCACCAAACGGCGAAUGGCCCUGUUGGAUGUCCUACUCCAGUCAACUGUUGAUGGACGACCCCUGUCGAAUGAUGAGAUACGCGAAGAGGUCGAUACCUUUAUGUUUGAAGGUCAUGACACAACAACCAGUGCCAUAUCCUUUUGCCUGACAGCCAUUUCCCGACAUCCUGCCGUCCAGGCGAAACUUCUCAACGAGAUUCAUGAGGUGCUGGGGCAAGAUCGCAAUCGCCCCAUUACCAUAAGAGAUUUGAAUGAGCUCAAGUAUAUGGAAUGUGUAAUCAAAGAAUCGUUGCGCAUGUAUCCAUCGGUGCCCUUGGUAGGACGCAAAUUGCAAACGGAUUUCAAAUACAGCCAUUCAAAGUACGGUGAUGGUAUUUUGCCAGCUGGUACCGAGGUACUCUUAGGAAUUUAUGGAUUACAAAAUUCAUCAGAAAAUUUUCCCGAUCCGGAUCGAUUUAUGCCAGAACGUCAUGAGUCGAUAUCCACUGAUCGUGGAUCGGCCUUUACUUAUAUACCCUUCAGUGCUGGGCCACGUAAUUGUAUUGGUCAGAAAUUUGCCCAACUCGAGAUGAAAACUAUGAUUGCCAAAAUUGUGCGAGAAUUUGAACUAUUGCCAAUGGGUGAACCAGUUAAAUGUAUCCUUAAUAUUGUAUUGCGAUCUAGCACUGGAUUCCAGUUGGGCAUGCGCAAGAGAAAUGCAUAAAAGUUGACUUAAAAUAUAUACAUAUAUUUUCCUUAA